UAUAAAAAAAAGUAAAUUCGUAUCGGGUCGGUCGUAUCGCGUAUGACUUUGAUAUCAGAUUCCAAUAAAGCGAAUUUAAUAAAUCAGUGAUUUUAGUAGUAAAAUCGACGCAUGAUAUAUCUGUUUGUCUAAAAUGGCGACACCAGCGGACGUGAGAGCGAUAUUCGAGGCGCGAUUAAAAGAAACAUCACCACCUCCGGAUUUUCAUCCACUUGACUUGGAACGAGCAAAAGAUGAGAAAUACUUGAAAAGAGUGCUACAGCAUAUGGAUAAAGACGCGAAAGAAGCAGCGAACAUGCUCUGGGACAUCUGUGUUUGGCGUAAAUCCGUCGGUGCGAACGACAUUAACGAGUCGAACAUAAGACUUGAUUACGUGAAGGAAGGAGUUUUUUUCACGCACGGAAGAGAUAUAGACGGUAGUCUUUUGUUAAUUUUUAAAGCUAAAAUGCAUGUUAAAGGCCAGAAAGACUAUGAGGAGAUAAAGAAAAUACUCAUUUAUUGGUUUGAUCGCGUUGAAAGAGAGGAGGGCGGAAAACGCAUCACUUUGUUCCUGGAUAUGGAAGGUAGUGGGUUGGGAAAUAUGGAUAUGGAGUUAGUCAAGUACUUGAUAACACUCUUUAAGCUAUAUUACCCCUACUUUUUGAAUUAUAUAGUCAUUUAUCAGAUGCCCUGGGUCUUGUCAGCUGCCUUUAAGGUUGUGAAGACCUUGCUACCAGCUAAAGCUGUGGAGCGUAUGAAGUUUGUUACUAAGGAUACAUUAAAGGAUGUUGUGGCUCCGGAACAGGCUCUGGUCAGCUGGGGUGGUAAGGAUAACUAUGUCUUUGAAUUCAUUCCGGAGAAUAGAUCGGAACACACUCCGAAGAAAGUUACUUUUGCUGAGCAAGGAGACAGUCAGCAUUCUCCUGGUGAGAUGCUCCGACUCGUUCCAAACGAUACAAUUGUCUUUAAAACUGAAGGCGAUGAAAUUUCGGGACAAUUUACUAUAACGAACAUGGAUGAUAGUGCUGUGUCUUUCAAAAUCCGAACGACAGCCCCAGAGAAGUUUAGAGUAAGACCAAGCUCUGGUACGCUGGCCAGCGGAGCCUCUCAAACCGUUUUAAUUGUCGUCCAACCAGGAAUACAUCUUCGGACCGUAACUAAAGACAGAUUUUUAGUUAUGUCUAUCCAAAUACCAAAGACUGAUGUUACACCAAAAGAAUUGACAGAAAUCUGGCAAUCCUCCACUGGAAGCAAAACUGAUGAAUACCGUCUCAAAUGCCAGUUCCCUGAGAAAGAUAUACCAAAGAACGGCAAUAUUGUUGAAGGAAAAUCUCUAGAUAAGUCUGAUUCUGCGACUUCAGCGUUGAGCAACCUCGAAAAGAACUAUGCAAAGCUGCACCGAGACUUGAAACAACUGAAGUUGCUGCAAUUCGUUACUUUAACAAUGACCGUACUGGUUGCGGUACUCGGUUAUUUGUUAUAUGAGAAUAUGGUUGAAGAGAAUCGGUACUGUGAACGUAUGUAGCUGUUACAGAAUGUGGUGUCCAACGCCACUUUCAAAAUAGACUACGUAAUGGCUAUUUUUGCUACUCUACUCUCUAUUAAUGUGUUGCUAUAUAUCAUGUAUAGUAAAUUAGUCUAUAAAGUAAGUCUUUUAUAUGUGCGUUAACUUUUCGGUUGUGGGUGGUGUUUUACGGACCUUCUCGGUAAUCAGUGGACUUGUGGUGGCAACGUCUAAAGUGAUUGAAAUGUGAAAUAAUGCACUUAAUUGGACCAUUCCGUUGUCUGUUGUGAUAUUCUUCUUCUUGUAAACGAAGCGUUUUGGAAAAGUUCAUCAAGCAUAUUUGUGAAGCCAGCUUUCUUCUAAUUUUG